AUGCCGCCUUCACGCUCUCGCUCACAAUCUAAACGGCCUCUCUACGAAGACGAAGAAUCCGGCGAAGAAACGGAGAGGGAAUCUACACCCAAGCCCACAAAGUCGUCUGGCGUGCGCAAACGCAAGAGCGAAGUUCUGGGCAACGACUCGGGUCUCACUCGCUCAAAGACCGUGGUCAACAAUGAUCUCGCGGAGAAGAGGCGGCGGAGGCAGAGCCGCGUGGGGGAAGCCGGUCCGUCUGGAGAGGGCGGAGAAGUAGAUGGUGAUGGAGCGAACAGGACGACCGGGCGGCCGGUUCAGCAGCUGGCCUCUGUUGUGCCCGAUCUCGACACACGGGCAGCGCCGCUCGUUCCUCAGCAGGAUAACUACGACGAAUGGAUGAAACUCGCCAUGGGAAACAAAAUCAAUGCAGGCAACACCUGGGGAUUCGAGCUCAUCGAGUAUUUCCAUGACAUGCGAGUCUUACGCAACAAUGACGACCAGUCCAUCAACUUUCAGAAGGCGUCUAGUACACUCGAUGGUUGCGUCAAAGUCUGGACAAGCCGCGUAGAUAACCUCGGAUCCGAGACCGGCAAGUUGCUCAGUGCCCUCACCUCUGGCCGCAUGGAGGACGACGAUGAGGACGAAGAGAACGACGAAGAGGACGCGGAUGGGGAUGCCCCCGCUGGGAAGAAGGCGAAGCGACGGACUCGCCAUGAGUCGACGCUUGCGAAGCGUGGCACACUCACGUUGAAGAAGCACGAUCUCGAGUUCAGUGUCGACCCACUCUUCAGGAAGACGUGUGAAGACUUCGAUGAGGGUGGUGCUCAUGGUCUAUUGCAGAACCAUCUCAGUCUAGGACUGGGGAGCGAGGGCGCGCUUCGCAUUGUCUUCGACGCCAGUGACUCUAUGGGCAAGGAAGACGAGGAGGAUAAAGGGAUUAUGCCUCCGUCAUUCAUCGACCUAAGUGUCUUGAGAGGCAAAUUCAUAGUCCCAAUAGAAGAAUUGGACCAGCUGAGCAUCGCUCCUUCCCUUGACCACUUCUCCUUUGGCGUCACGGAUGAAGCUGCCGAUGAUCACAACGACGAUCUCUCCCUCUUCCGCGACGACACAGUUGUCUUUGGUGCGGGCGGCGACGAUGGAGAUGAGGACUUUGGAGCGCCACAGCCCCAAGACGACUUCCCGAUGGACGUUGACGGCGGCCCACCGCCCCAGCCCGCUGAGGAAGACUUCUUUGGGGGUGACCAGGGUGGCGCAGACGAUUAUAACGCUAGCACUCCUGGAGGGUAUGGAGGUGAAGACGGCGAGGAGGGUUCGGUUGGCGCGCAGGCGAAUGAGGGGCAGGCGAUGGGUCCAGGUGGUGGACCUAUACCGUUCAACCCUUCGAAGGAGACUGGCGGGAACGUCGCCUUCGCCAUGGGCGGUGGCCCGGAUCCCGAAACAUUGCUGUUCCUCGAUCAGAUGCAGCGCAACUGGGCGGGUCCCGAUCACUGGAAGAAUAAGACUACUAUUCAGCGAGGAGGGAAGCCAGGUGAUACUGCGGCCCCGAAGCAGAAGAAGGAGAAGAAGGAGCCUUUCAAAGUCACUUACACGAAGACUGCUGGCGAGUACGACGCAAAGGCGAAACUGAAAACCCUCUUCGAACCGCCCAAGAAGGCCAACACAGGUAUCUUGCAGCCGAAGGCUGUUCAGAGCGUGACGCGUCGCAGUAUGAAGCCUAAGAAGGGCGACAAGCUGCUCAAACGCUCCGAUCAUCUGCUCCCUCCAGAUGAGCACUUCUCCGCGAAGUCGCUCGUGAAUCUCUUCCUCAAGCCGCAGUUCGCUCUCCAAAUGCGUGGCGAUCGUCCGCUAGAGACUGGCGAUGGCGAGGUCGACGAGCAAUUCUGGGCGAAAGCUGCCGAGGAUCAACAGCGAGCCGGCACUGAAGAGGCUGAAGGAGGACUUGCCGAGACCCUUCCCCUCCCGACGCAGUUCUUCGAUGACGACGACGAUGGUAUGGCCUAUAACGACAACUACGAGGCUCCCGUCGGCGAUAUUCCGCCCAUCCAUCCCGGAGAGCAAGACCUCCUCGCGCAAGUUGAAGGCCAAGAACGUCGUGUCAAGCCUGCCGCCGUCAACUUUGCCAAACGUGCGAAGCGGGUUGAUGUCCGGAAACUCAAGGAGAAUAUCUGGCGCGGCCUGGAGAUCGUCAUACCUCCCAAGAAGAACGGAGAUGAGAUGGACAUGGAUGAGGACGAGGAGGACGAGGGCACGGACCCUGACCAGCCUCGCGUCUUCAACCAGGUCAUUCAAGGCCUCGGACGACAGUACCCCGAAGAGAAGUUCGGCGAGAUCAGCACGAGCUUCUGUUUCAUCUGCUUGUUGCAUCUCGCGAACGAGCAAGGACUCAAGAUCGACGCGGGAGCUGCGACGGGGGUCGAUGAGGAUCGGCCCAUCGGUAAUAUCUUUGACCUCAAGGUUUACCGAGACCCUACCGCUACGACUGAGUGA